CCAAAACAGCCCCACGGUAAGCAGCAGUUCGCACCUCUGAAGCCCCCAAGUCCGCAACAAACAAAAAAGGCAGAACGAAAGAGUGCAGGUCAAAACCAGACAGGAUAGCAGCUGUCCACGCCACACAUCACCGCAUCACACACAGAGAGAGAUCCACUCCACCAACAACGAUGUCAUCACGCAAAACCGCCGGUCGCCGUGCCACCACCAAAAAGCGCGCCCAGCGCGCCACCUCCAAUGUCUUUGCAAUGUUCGAUCAGGCCCAGAUCGCCGAAUUCAAGGAGGCCUUCAACAUGAUCGACCAGAAUCGCGAUGGCUUCGUGGAGAAGGAGGAUCUGCACGAUAUGCUUGCCUCGCUGGGCAAGAACCCCACCGAUGACUACUUGGAUGGGAUGAUGAACGAGGCACCCGGACCGAUCAACUUCACCAUGUUCCUCACUCUGUUCGGUGAACGGCUGCAGGGCACCGAUCCCGAGGAUGUGAUCAAGAAUGCCUUUGGCUGCUUCGACGAGGAGAACAUGGGUGUUCUGCCCGAGGAUAGGCUACGCGAGCUGCUCACCACAAUGGGCGAUCGAUUCACAGACGAAGAUGUGGACGAGAUGUAUCGGGAGGCGCCGAUCAAGAAUGGGCUGUUCGAUUACCUCGAGUUCACGCGCAUACUCAAGCACGGUGCCAAGGACAAGGAUGAGCAGUAAAUCCAGAUACGCCAACAGCCAAGCGGCGUGCACCCAAGCUGCCUCUCCAAUCCACUCCACUCCACUUCUCCACUCUAGCAUGGAGCCUGUCCACAAUUAUCCAAAUCCAUUAAGAGUUUCAUUUAACUUUA